UUUGGACGGUCAUUUUAAGCGCCCAAUUAACUAGGACUUGAAAUAGUUUCUGCACAAUGCCCCUGGGGCCAGAGCUGGUAUUUACACAUCCGCUCGCAUUAUUUUGAUAGCGUCAUUUGAAACAAAUCUAAAAAUUCUCUUGUGUAUUGAGCCACAUGUUAUAAGUGGUAAAAUGAUAAUCUGGCUAGUUAUGGGCAAAAUAAUGCGUCAGUCUGGUGCAAACUCUUCACAAACAUGUGCGUUCGUAUUUUUGAAAUAAUUUGAACAUCGGGAAAUUUGUCUGGACUUGUUUCCUGUGAUAAACGCGCCGCCUCCUCUAGUGCAUGGAAUAUCUUUUGAUUAGUCAUUUAAUCUAAUAACGUUGAAGAGUCGGGUUUGGUCGUUUAGGUGAGAAAAAUGAGGGACGAUUUGAACCCAAUCGAGGAUUUUUUCCUUCCGACGUUUCCGAAUUUUUCGGAGAUGUGCGAAAGCACCGACUUGAGCUUGAACGACUUGGACGAGCAACUUAACAACUUCCUGACCGAUAACUUAAUCCCCGACAGUUGCACCAACUUCGACAGUUAUUCAGUGUUAGGGGUUGACCUGAACUUGGCUUACGAGGACAAUUCAAGCACCAGUAUUAGCACCAGCUUUGAGAAUUUGGACUCGUGGGUGAUUGAAACCGUAGACAGUAUGGGCUACAGUGACAACUGCUUCGACAACGUCAUCUCCGAGACCGUCCAAGGGACCGAAAUCAUCGGAAUCAACUUACAACCAACCGAAACCCUCGAAAUCCUAAACAUGUUCCCCCACAUCACGGAUGAAAAAAACCUGAAACGGAGGUCGCUCCUGUACGAGCGCACCACCAAAGUGGACAAGAGCGAGGCCGCUGAUUACAAGUACAAGAAAAACUGCGCGCUUCUAAGCCACGACUACGCCAAUAAACGCAACGAGGACGACAAGUACUUCCCGUGCUCGGUCCUCAACUGCGACAAAGUCUACUCGAAGUCGUCGCACCUCAAGGCGCACCUGAAGCGCCACUCGGGGGAGAAACCCUUCGUGUGCAACUGGGAGAACUGCACGUGGAAGUUUUCCCGGUCGGACGAGCUGGCGCGACACAAACGCUCGCACCUCGGCAUUAAACCCUACAAGUGCGAACUGUGCGAACGCGCCUUCGCCCGCUCCGACCACCUGGCCAAGCACCACAAAGUGCACAAGAAGAAAAUGGCACAGUUUGGCAACUACCAGAUCAAACGCCGCAUCAGAGUGGCGUAAUCCAAGUGUUUGGGAAUUGAAACACGAACGUUCUGUGAAUUUCAUUCAAAAUAAAUAACAAAGUCGUAUGUAAAUAUUCCACGUGACAUUUUGAGCCGCCUCGGACAGGAGAAACUAACUCAAUUUGUACUAAGCUUAAACCCUCACUAAUAGAUCUUUUUGCGAAUUUUCAUGUAAGCUACAAAAAGACCCAUUAUCACAAUUCCACAAAAGUAUAAAAUAACAUUUCCUUCGUUUUGAUAAAGUACCAAAAACCAAAGUUAGGAAAGACAACAAAACUAACACCCUGUCGUAUGGUCUGUCACUCCCAAAGAAAGGAUUUUGUUUAUGCGAAGUUUAUGUAGUUGUUUUGCUUAUUAACACACAACGCUACCUAGGCGAUUAUAUUGUUUGGUUGUAUUGUGACCUAAACUGGAUUUGUACUAAUCUCCCACCUCUAAUAGAUCUUUUUGUCUGCAACCGAAUUUUGGCCAAGUCAUGUAUAAAAACAGCAACGUCAACAAUAACAAUAAUUUAUACAAAAAGAUCUAUUAUCACAAUUCGAUAAAAAUAUACAGUUUGAAUGUAUGUGUAAAUGAUAGUAGAAAAUAAAUAAACUUAAACACCCAUAGGACAAGUCACUCAGUGAUCAUUUAGUUUAUCUUGACUUCUGCUACUGCUACGUGACGUUUUACGGUGUAAGUUUUCCAAAUAAGCGGCAGGAGCCCACCCUUCUACAGAACUACCUGAAGUCGGAUAAUUAGUUGGAUUGAAUUCAGUGGUUUGGUUUGAAUUACCUAUUAUUUUAACAAACCACCAACCAGCACAGCCAACUUUCAAAAGUUCAACCAUAUCGCCCUCCCGCAUGUUCACCUCACUGUUGCCAACUGCACAGUAAUCGGCUAGCGCAAUGUAGCGGCCACU